AGCCAGCCGUGCUUCCUUCGCCGCCGCGCAGCCCUCGCGGAGCCGAGCCCGGCGCUGGCGGGACGUGGCAGCCUGCUGCUGCCGCUGCUGCCCGGCAGCUGAGAACCAGCCCUAGACCUCUGCCCACGGGUCCUUCCUCUGAAGACGUCACCAGUGUGUGGAGCCUGCCCCACACGCACCCGCUGCCAAACCACGGCCUUUACCUGUGUCUUUCGGUGUUUCCCGUGCGACCCGUCCUGUGGGAGUGCCUCGUGGGCUGCCCCGGAGUUCACCCCACGCUCAGCAGCGCCAAUGGUGAAGAUGACGAGAUCCAAGACUUUUCAGGCAUAUCUGCCCUCCUGCCACCGGACCUACAGCUGCAUUCACUGCAGAGCUCACUUGGCCAAUCAUGAUGAACUAAUUUCCAAGUCAUUCCAAGGAAGUCAAGGACGAGCAUACCUCUUUAACUCAGUAGUUAAUGUGGGCUGUGGGCCUGCAGAAGAGCGAGUGUUGCUAACAGGACUGCAUGCAGUUGCAGACAUUUACUGUGAAAACUGCAAAACCACUCUGGGCUGGAAAUACGAACAUGCUUUCGAAAGCAGCCAGAAAUAUAAAGAAGGCAAAUACAUCAUUGAACUGGCACACAUGAUCAAGGACAACGGCUGGGACUGAUUGGAAAGCAUCUCCCCAACCCAGUGUCCACGUGAAUGCCAUCCAAGCAAACAUUCUACCCAAGCGUGAGAGAGUCACUGAACACUCGGUUCCAUCCAUUUAGAGGCCUUGCCAUCCGGGGCAUCCUCACACCCUGACACCAUCUUUUUGGUGACUGGCCUCUAAAUUGCUGUCUCUCUGUCUCUUUGCUUUGUAUCUGUUUGUGAGUUGAUCUUGGCUUCUCUCUCUGUUCUAGUGUUGGCUGAAAACAAAAUAAUGAAAAGAACAGAUUCUUGACCGCAUGGCGGCAGCUCACCUUGGAAAGGACCCCAAGGUUCGGACAAGAACUGCCUGAUGGCUUCUUGUCAGGAGAGCAGUGGCGCCAGGGCAUAAGGAAGAGGGAAAAGGGGAACUUGAAGGAUC